GAUUUUCACUGUUACUAGUUUGUAGUCUUGUUAAUGUUGUAAUUAGGAUAUUCGCUUUACUUACUUAUCCACUUAUCGUGUCAAAUAUAAGCAAUGGAUAAGCAUAAUAGUACAGAACUAAUCAAUUCGGACUUUUCGUUGUCCAAAAACGCUAGUUCUGAUUCCUUGGAUUCGGAUUCAAAAUCAAGUUCAUUGAAUUCUAAACACGGACAGGACUCCCCUCAUGUACUGGGUGACAUUCAGUUACUAGAAGGUGAAAAGGUGAUGGGAGUGGCUCGGGAUGUGGCAUACUUGUGUCCAUACAACGGGCCUUCUAGAGGGGUCCUAAAAGUAACAAACUAUCAACUACACUUCAGACCUAUGGAUGCUGCAGCUAUUCACAGUACAUUGAAUGUGCCGUUGGGUGUUGUGUCCCGAAUUGAAAAAGUGGGUGGAGCUUCUUCUAAAGGCGAAAAUUCUUAUGGAAUUGAAGUAUUUUGCAAGGACAUGCGGAACCUCCGUUUCGCCCAUAAGCAAGAGAACCACUCGCGGCGCGGCAUCUUCGAGAAGUUGCAGCAGCUGGCGUUCCCGCUGUCGCACCGGCAGCCGCUGUUCGCGUUCAGCUACACGGAGAGCUUCUCCGAGGACGGCUGGCACGUGUACGAGCCCAUCUCCGAGCUGAGGAGGAUGGGCGUCAACAACGACAUGUGGCGAAUAACGCGCAUAAACGACAAGUACGAAGUGUGCGACAGCUAUCCCUCGGUAUGGGCGGUACCGGCGGCGGCCAACGACGAGCAGCUGCGAUCCGUCGCGGCGUUCCGGUCCCGCGGCCGGAUACCGGUGCUCGCCUGGAUACACCCGAGCUCUCAGGCCACCAUCGCGAGGUGUAGCCAGCCGCUGGUUGGGGUCAGCGGCAAACGAAGCCGCGACGACGAGCGUUACAUCCAGACGAUCAUGGACGCGAACGCUCAAGCACACAAGCUUUUCAUCAUGGAUGCGCGGCCGAGCGCCAACGCCAUCGCCAACAAGGCCAAGGGAGGCGGUUACGAGUCCGAGGACGCGUAUCAGAACGCGGAGCUGGUGUUCCUGGACAUACACAACAUUCACGUGAUGCGGGAAAGCCUGAGGAAACUAAAGGAAUUAUGCUUCCCACAGAUCGACCAGACGAGAUGGUUCAGCGGUAUAGAGGCUAGUUGUUGGCUGAAACACAUCAAAUGCAUAUUGGCUGGUGCUGUGCGUAUUGUUGACAAGGUGGAGAACCACAAGACGUCAGUGUUGGUACACUGCUCGGAUGGUUGGGACCGCACGGCGCAGCUCACGGCCCUGGCGAUGCUCAUGCUGGACCCCUACUACCGCACACUUAGGGGCUUCGAGGUCCUCAUAGAGAAGGAGUGGCUCUCGUUUGGACACAAGUUUCAGUUGCGUAUAGGACACGGCGACGAACGACACUCUGACGCCGACCGCUCUCCAGUAUUCGUGCAGUGGGUGGACUGCGUGUGGCAGCUACAGCAACAGUUCCCUACAGCGUUCGAGUUCAGCGAGCGACUGCUCAUCACCAUACUGGACCACCUCUACUCGUGCAGAUUCGGCACGUUCCUGUUCAACACCGAGAGGGAACGAGUCAAAGAAGAGGUGAAAACGAAGACGGUAUCCCUGUGGUCGUACAUAAACAGCCGGCAGGACUUGUACUUGAACCCGCUGUACUGGGGUCCGACGUCGUCGGCGCCUGCGUCUCCGCCCGGACCCUACUCGCGGCCGCAGGUGGUACUUGUGCCGGUAGCGUCGCUCAGGGUCAUAAAGCCAUGGAAGGCGCUGUACUGCCGGUGGAAUCCUACGAUGAGACAGCAGGACCCAGUAUUCCAACGGAGCCGCGAGUUGGUCGCGCUCCGAGCGCAGCUCGAGGCCGCGGUGGCGGCGGCCGCGGGCGACCACGCGGCCCGCCAGCACCGGCUCGCGCUCACGCCCCCGCGCGUCUCCAGCCCGCACCACGUCUAACACGUGAGC